AUGUGUCGCUCAAAGGGCUUUACUCGUUGCUUCGCUGGUGCUUUGCUUUCCUUGGUGUUCGUGCAGCAGGUACAGAUGCCGUUCGUCCGGCAGAAAGGCAAGUGGGUGAAGGAGCAGGGCGAUCGAAGGGCGAUGCAGAGCAAGUUCUACAGCAAAAGGUUUCGAGAGUGGUGGCAGGAAAGCACGGCCGAUUACGACAAAAGCAUCAGACCGAACUUUGGAGGGCGUAGGGUUUCCAUAGUUAUGCUGAAAUCGAUUUGCAUGCCUCUUUACACUGUCCACAGAGCCUCAGGUUUCGUGAAAAGAAGUCUCCCGUAUUGCAAGAUCUCUUUGGACAGCGUGGCAUGA